AUCGACAUGGCUUCCCCAAUUCGGGCGCUUCUUCUUCUGCUGCUGCUCGUCGUCAUCGGGUCGAAUCCAUACUUCACCUCCGCCAAGCCACCGGCUCCGCCCGUUCGCUGCAACGUCACGGGCUGCGUCCUCUCCAACGCCUACGGCGCCUGGGGAGACAGAAGCGAAUGCUGGGUCCGCAGCGUCGUCUACCCCACGAACGAGGAGGCGCUGCGGUCGGCCGUGGCCGAGGCCAACCGGAACAACCUCAAGGCGAAGGUGGUGAGCGGAUUCUCGCACGCAAUCCCGAAGCUGGCCUGCCCCCCGCCGGAGAACUCGGUUCUGAUAAGCACCGCGAAGUACAACACGCGGAUAGAGGUGGACGUGGCUGGCCGCACGGUGACGGCUGAUUCCGGCGUGGGGCUGCGGGAUCUGAUUGAUAAGGUGGAGGCGGCCGGGCUGAGCCUGGUCGCCUCAACGUACUGGGAGGGGGUCAGCGUCGGCGGGAUCAUCAGCACGGGGUCGCAUGGCAGCUCCUGGUGGGGCAAGGGAGGAGCCGUCCACGACCAUGUCGUGAGCCUGAGCAUGGUGAUCCCGGCCGGUGAGUCGGAAGGGUACGCGAAGGUCGUCAGGUUGCUCCGGGGAGACCCGCUCUUCAAUGCCGCAAGCGUCUCCCUGGGGCUUCUGGGGAUCAUAUCUCAGGUGACACUGUCACUCGAACCCAGCUUCAAGAGAAGCAUCACGUACUCAUUCCACGACGACGCCAGCUUCCAAGAUCGCCUGUUGGAUGUUGCUCGCAAGCACGAAUUCCCUGACCUCACCUGGUUUCCAUCGCAGCACACAGUUGCAUUCAGAUUCGACGAUCGAGUCCCCUCGAACGCCUCCGGCGACGGCAUCAAUGACUUCAUCGGUUUCCAACCAAACCUCAUGGCGGUCUGCGCCGCAAUACGAGCUACUGAGAAGCGUUACGACGAAUCAAGAAACAGAAGGGGGAAGUGCGUCACCGCAGCCGCCGAGCUGGAGUAUAGAAGGUUGGCGGGAAAUGGCUUGAAGAACAACGGGAUCUUCACAGGCUACCCGGUGGUGGGCCGCCAGGGAAAGAUGCAGACCUCCGGCUCCUGCCAACACUCACCGGAAGCGGACAGCUUGAGAACGUGCCCUUGGGAUCCUCGAGGCAAAGGGUUGUUCUUCUACGAGACCACGGCAAUCUUCUCUCCUCCCAAGUUCAUGGACUUCAUCCACGACGUGAAGCAGCUCAGGGAUCUGAAACCGGAGAACUUCUGCGGCGUCGACAACUACAACGGGUUUCUGAUACGCUUCAUCAAAAAAUCGGACGCGCUCCUCGGCCAGCCCGAGGACUCUAUCGUCCUGGAUUUCAACUACUACAGAGCCGAUGACCCGUCCACUCCCAGGCUGAACCAGGACGUCUGGGAGGAGGUGGAGCAGAUGGCGUUCAUGAAGCACGGAGCCAGGCCGCACUGGGCGAAGAAUCGAAGGGUUGCCUUCCUUGGUGUGCACCGAAAGUACCCUGGUUUCAGCAAUUUUCUGGCGGCCAAGAACCAAUCGGAUCCCGGAGGCAUGUUUCAGAGCCCAUGGUGGGAUGAAGUGGUCUCGGGGCAGGGAUCGAACACAGGUAACGGCUGCGCACUGGAAGGACAGUGCAUUUGCGCAGAGGACGAGCACUGCAGUCCGAGUAAAGGGUACCUGUGUAGGCCCGGGCUUGUCUACAAAGAAGCCAGGGUGUGCAGGUACACGACAGGGUGACUUUGUUCC